AUGGCAUCCGUAAAAGUAAACAGAUCACUAUGUAGUAUAUGUGGUAAGGUGCCCAGUCUAUCUUUUUGUGUUGGAUGUCAAAGAGUUUUUUGUACGGAUCAUGUCGAACAACAUCGAUUAGAAUUAUCAACUUUAUUAGAUAAAAUUAUUUUGGAGCACGGUCAAUGUAAACAGACAAUUAUACAAUAUACUGAAGAAUCAAAUAGUCAUCCAUUAAUGAAACAAAUCAAUGAAUGGGAAAAACAAUCAAUCGAGAAGAUUCAACAAGUAGCUGUAGAUGCUCGAAAACAAGUAUUAAAUGCAUUUGCAUAUUUUGCUUCGAAUGCAAUAACAACAAUAAAAAAUUUAACAGAAGAAUUAACAAAAGCUCAAAAUGAAGAUAAUUUUUUUGAAUCAGAUUUAAAACAAUGGAUGGAUACACUUAUUAAAAUAAAGAAAGAAUUAGAUAAACCACCUACAAUUAAUAUUCGAAAAGGUGGAACUGAUGUUCCAUUUAUCUCUAAGAUUAUGGUUAGUGUUAGUGAAAUCUUUGAAAAAUCAGCAGGAAGAAUUUCUAUUAAAGAUGAAGGUAAACUUAUUGUUAAUAUUGGAUCAAAUGGUUAUGGAACAGUUCGUAGUAAAGGUGAAUAUUCAACAGGAAAACAUCGAUUUCGUUUUAAAAUUGAACAUACUAGUACACAUAAAUGGAAUUUAAUUGGAAUCGUUUCAAAAAAUUCAUCAUUACAAGCAACAGCAUACAAUACUCCAACAAGUUUCGGUUGGAUUGCUAAUAAUUUUGUAUGUUUAAAUGGUAAAUUAUUUUCUGAUUUUAAUGGAUAUAAAAGUGAUAUAGAAAAAAAUGAUAUAAUUGAAUUAUUUAUUGAUUGUAAUCGACAUACGAUUCGUUUAACAAAUGAACGUACACAUUAUACACAUGAACUAACAAUCGAUGCUGCUUUGUGUCCAUUUCCAUGGCAAAUACAACUUGGUCUUUAUUAUGCAAAAGAUCGUAUUCGUUUGUUAUGGAGAUAA